AUGAAGAUUUCUGCUGUCUUCUCUGCCUUGAUGGCCGCCGGCCUGGUUGCCGCGGCUCCUCCUGCUCCCGUUCCCUCCGACGUCUCGGCCCCUCCUCCCCUUCCUUCGGGUUCUGAUAUUCCCCCGCCUCCCCUGUCUACCGACGUGCCCCCUCCUAAGCCGUCAGACAACGGCAACAACAAGCGCGGGGAUCAGGCCCCUCCUUUGCCUUCUGGAAGCGACGUUCCUCCUCUCCCGUCUGGAACAGACCUCCCUCCCCCUCCUCAGUCAUCUGAUGGCCCUCCCCCACCUAAGCCCACUGGUGGAAACGACAAGCGCGGCGAUGCUCCUCCCCCUCCCCCUCAGUCCACUGACGGUCCCCCUCCUCAGUCGACCGAUAUUCCUCCUCCUCCCAAGCCUAGCCAGGCUUAG